AUGCCAGAGGACAGCAAUGACAAGAUCCAGGACGAGGUGCUUGUGGUCGAGGUCACCUCUCCGGUAGAGGACGAGCGCGACGCACGCAGUCGCGAGGGUCCGCCCGUCACGAGGUGGGAGGAGUGGGCCUACUACCUCUACUACAACGGCGACAACGGCGUCGGCCCAAUGACGUUCUCGAACAUCCUGUUCCAGUCGCUCGCGACCGCCGCGGGCCACCACCCCGCGACGGGCGGCGCGUGCGCCGACGACCACUGCGUGAUCAAGUGGGGCGGGCGCGUGCGCCCCGUCGCAUCCGUCAUCCUCAUCGCGAACGGCAUCAGCUUCGCCAUUAUGACACUGCUCUUCACGACGAUCGGCAGCGCAGCAGACUACGGCUCGGUGAGCCGCUGGGUGCUCCUCCUCGCCACGCUCGUGUGCUGGGGCUCCCAGUUCGGCUUCCUCGGCGUCUCGCAGUCGCGGCAGUGGGAGGUGGCGAUGGGCCUCUUCGUGCUCGGCUUCGUGAGCUAUGGCGUCACGCUCGUGUUCUACGCGUCCAUCUUCCCGCGCCUAGCGCGGAACACGCCGAAGACGAUCGAGGCGCGGCACAAGCUCGACAACGGCGAGAUCGAUGCCGCCGCGUACGAGAAAAUCGAGAUGCUCGAGCGCAACCGCCUCAGCGCCAUCUCGACGGCCCACUCGAACUGGGGCUAUCUCUUCACGCUCGCCAUCAACCUCUCCAUCCUCAUCCCGCUGUCCAAGAACCCCAUGUCGAACAACUACGCGCUCGCCGCCACGAACGUGUACUGGAUCGUGCUCGGCGUGCCGUGGUUCGUGCUGCAGAAGAGCCGGCCCGGGCCCCGUCUCCCACGCGGCGAGCACUGGCUCACCGUCGGCUGGAAGCAGAUCGGCGCCGCCAUCCGGCACUACAAGCGGCUGCCGUAUACGUUCGUGUACCUCUGCGCAUUCUUCCUCCUCGCCGACGGGCUCAACACCACGACCGCUAUGGUCGGCAUCGUCCAGAACCAACACAUCCACUUCUCCUUCCUCCAGAACACGUACCUCGGCCUCGCCCAGGCCUGCACCUCCAUCAUCAGCGUCCACGCAUACUGGGCCUUUCAGAAAUGGCGCAAGAUCCGCACCAAACGCAUGUUCCAGGUCACGAACUUCUUCACCGUCUUCAUCCCCUUCUGGGGCAUGCUCGGGCUCUGGAACAAGCGCGUCGGCUUCCACAACACAUGGGAGUUCUGGUUCUACCAGGUCCUCUUCGGCCUCGGCCAGGCGCCAUACUACGCCUACGCGCAGAGCAUGAUGGCCGACCUGACGCCGCCCGGCUUCGAGGGCAUGUUCUUCGGCCUAUUUGGGAUCACGAACCGCGCGUCCUCGCUCGUCGGGCCGUAUGUGUGCGCCGCGAUCGUCGACACGAGCGGCAACCAGUGGAACGCCUUCAUCUUCCUCUUCGUGCUCUGCAGCCUCGCGGCGAUCGUCAUCGCGCUGUUUGUCGACAUGGAGCGUGGGCGCGCGGACGCCGUGGCGUUUGCUAUCGAGCAACGCGGCGCGACGGCGGACGUGCGCGCAGAGGUGGCGAACAAGGCGCCGGUGAUGCUGAGUGGGACGCAUUGA